CCCUUCAGUAGUUCAAUUCUUGUUGCAGAGUAAAAGAAACGUAAUAAAAAUGAGUAAAGAAGAGCAAAAGACGAAUAUUAUGGCGUAGACAAUAAUUUGAUUCAUCAAUCUCCAUUUUCUCAAGAAGGGUGGGAAAAAUAAUAAGUUAUGGGGUUGAACUUUUCUUCUGUUCUUAAUUGCAUCCUAUUUAGUAUUGGGUUAUUAGGACCAUUUAUGUCAAGCUUCAGAUGAUUUUCUUUACUUGUUUGUCAGAAAUUUCAAAUUUUAACAUUGAUUAUGGAUGUAUGCACCUUGAUCAAAAUCAUUAUUAGCUUAAUUUCAAUUAUUUUAAGAAAAAAUAAAUUAUUAUGUUCUAGAUGUUUUAUAGAUAUACUCUUGUAAUAUCUUAGCUUUACAAUUUGUGUUUUGUAUUCUUUAAUCAAAUAGAACUUAAGUCUAAACUACAGAUUUCGUCCUCUGGAUUUCAACUAUGAAUUUUGCGGAUCUUAUUCAAUCUGUUAAUAUCGUCCGUAUUGAUUCUCAUCGUUUGUUUCUCACAGAGCAUCCGACCAAUUAUAAGUUUAUGGUGGCUUCUUUAGAUUUGUAGAAGAAGCUUUUGACAUCAUAAUAGUUUUGAUCCCUUACAAUUGAUUGAAAUCUCUGCAUUAGUUUUUUAAACAUAAAAGCGCAGACGAUUUAUUUCACAAACUGCUCAAGGCAUUAAUUAGUUUUUGGUUUCUUCAACUUUCUGGCAAGCAAUUUGAGAUUUGGUAAUUAAUACUUUCUUUUGCAUGGUGGUCGAGUCGAGGGUGUAGGCAUAAAAUGGUGUUUAAAUCGAACAAGAAAUUUACCAAUUUUUCUUUACAUCAGAACAUAGUCUCUUAACUGACUCUAAUCCAUUUGUCUAUAAAAUAAAUGAAAAGAAAAGGAGGCAUCCACGGAGUAUAUAUACUUGGACUCACUCUCAUCAACUCAACCCAACUGAAAAAGUAAAGCAUUCUCUCUCUCUCUUUUCCUUCCAAAACCAUCAAUUUUGAUCUGCUAAGCUCAUCUUAAUUUUCUGGCUAUUUCUUAAAUCCUAUGCUUUUAGUUUUCAGUUGGGAAGGUCCAAACUCCCAAGUCUUCAAAUCCCCAUUUCCAUAUUUGUUAUUAUUAUUUUUUGCCUUAAAAUAUGGAACCAAAAAGAAGCUGAUUUGGAACUGGAUUUGGGGUUGUCAUUAAUGGAAGAAACGGUUUAAGAUUCUAGGGUUUCUCUUCUCUUCUAUUUCCUGUGAAAGGAGGGCCCUUUGAUUUUCGGGGAUAGUGGGUGCCCUGCCCUUAGCUUGAAGGAACAAGAUGAAGGUGUUUAUAGGAAGUCCAGGAACGGUGAGUGGGUUAAUGCUAAGGAUAUAUCAAUGUGCAUUUGCUGCUGCUUCCAUUGCAGUCAUGGUCUCUGCCUCUGAUUUCUCUUCCUACACCGCUUUCUGCUAUUUGAUUGCAUCUAUGGGGCUUCAACUGCUAUGGAGCUUUGGUCUUGCAUGUCUCGAUGUUUAUGCUUUGAGGAGAAAGAGAGAUCUUCAGAAUCCAGUUCUAGUGAGCCUAUUUGUUGUAGGUGAUUGGGUUACAGCUAUGUUAUCACUGGCAGCUGCAUGUUCGUCGGCAGGGGUUAUAGUCCUGUAUGCAAGAGACUUGGACUUCUGCAGGGUUCAAACUCGUCUCCCAUGCAAUCAAUUUGAAAUAUCGAUAAUUUUGGCGUUCAUCACAUGGGUUUUGGUCGCAAUGUCAUCUCAUGUCAUGUUCUGGAUCUUAGCCUCUUUCUAAAGGAUUCGAGGGUUCCCAUGCUCGUAACAUAUGCCCACAUAAUAGCAUCUCGUAUUUGACAUGUAAAUGCUUCUUUUUCUUUUGCUUCCCAUUUCUUGGUUUUUGACAAUUUUGGAGCAUUGGAGUAGUUUUGCCUCUGCAAAUUAAGGAUUUUUGUUUUAGUAUUCAAUUUCAAUUAAAUCUUACCUGUUCUCAACUUAACUUCCAAUCAUUAACAAACAAUCUUGUCAAACUCCUGUGGAUGGAUCCCUUGUCAUUGUCGGUUGCGUCUUUUGCGAUAUUAAAUAAGGUCUUGAAUUGAAA